UUUUAUUUUCUUUCCUAGUAGACAUCUGGAUUUCCCCGUUUUCGUCACUCCUUUAAACGCAUGUGGUAACUCCAAUCUAGACAGAAAAACGAGAAGCAUGAUUCUACCACAUCAGUCAUUUUUUUUCAUCGGUCUGUUGCAUCGUACAUAGGGGGGACAGGACCGCACCUGGCCUAAACGGAUGUUGCCGUGAAUUUCUGAAACUCAGAAUUGUGUCUGAGGCUGAGAAAGCUACCAGCUGCAGAGAUGUCAGAUUCCUCAGAUUUCUAUUCUUUAAAUGUUAACACACUAAAGGAGCCCAUUCUGAAGAAGCUGAGUGAAGUGCUUGACAAAACCAACAACAAAGGAUGGAGGAAGCUGGGUGAAAUUGUUGCCAGUGACAGACGUUUUAAAGUGAGUGGGGAAGAGAUGGACAGAUGCUCCCUGAAAGUGCUGGAGCUGGAGGGAAGCCCGUCCCGGAGUUUGCUGAGGCUGAUUGGAGAUCGUGGGUGCUCAGUGAAGGACCUGGUGGAGUUUUUGCAGACGAUGGGCCAUGCAGAAGCCCUACAAUGCAUUAAGCCACCCGGGAUUAAAAUUAUUAUCCAGCCACAAUCGCAAGCAGUUAUGUCUGGACAUACUGUUCGGCUUAGCUGUCAUGCUGUGGGACAUCCUAACAUUCAGUACCAGUGGUUCAAAAUGAAGGAAGAGGUACCUAAUGGUAAUUCCCCUGAACUGGUGUUUAGCCCUGUUCAUGUACAAGAUGCAGGUUUCUAUAUCUGCAGGGUAAACUGUGGGGGAUCCUUUGAAUUCAGCCAAUGGGCACAGCUUGAAGUAUUUGAUGUGGCUGCAACAUAUGGAUCAGUGUGCCACUCCAUUGAUGGCAGGUUGAAGAUAGUGAUCCAGCCCCAGCCUCAGAGACUGUUGAUUGGGGACACAUUGGACUUGGUGUGUGGUGCUGUGGGAAAGCCCAUUCCUCAAUACCAGUGGUACAAGAAUGGGCUUCCUAUCAAAGAUGCAACCAAGAAAAGGUGUCUGAUACCUUAUGUGACACUUGAACAUGAGGGGAAGUACCGCUGUGAAGUGUUCAGCAAUGAAGAAUAUCUAUGGACUCAAGAUGUGCAUAUUCAAAUAGGACCAAGAAUCUCUUUCAAACUUUCAGAAGCAAUGGAGUGUUCUGAAGAAGAUAUUUAUGCCUUUGGACAGAAUGAAUUUGAAAACAACAGACACAGAAGUCCAGAAAAGGCUUGUGCUACUGACAAAGUGGCCCUGUUGAUUGGUAACAUGUCCUAUCAGAACCACCCGAAGCUGAAGGCUCCAAUGGUUGAUGUGUAUGACCUGACUAAUCUGCUGAGACAGCUCAACUUUAAAGUGGUGUCUCUUCUUGACCUCACUGAGUCUGAAAUGCGCAAUGCCGUGGAUGAGUUUUUGUUGUUGUUGGACAAAGGAGUCUAUGGUUUACUCUACUAUGCCGGCCAUGGUUACGAGAAUUAUGGAAAUAGUUUCAUGGUUCCAGUAGAUGCACCAAAUCCUUAUAGGUCUGCAAACUGUCUUUGUGUCCAGAGCAUUUUAAAGUUAAUGCAAGAGAAAGAGACUGGCCUGAAUGUGUUCCUGCUGGACAUGUGCAGAAAGAGAAACAUUCAUGAUGACAUUAUUCCAAAUGUAGAAGCACUGCGGGUUACAGCCAACAUUGUUUUUGGCUAUGCAACGUGCCAAGAUGCAGAAGCAUUUGAGCUGAACUCGAGUGGAUUUACCAAUGGUGUCUUCAUAAAGUUCCUGAAAAAACGCCUGCUGGAGGAUGAAAAAAUUACAGUCCUUCUUGACAGAGUUGCAGAAGACAUGGGGAAAUUUGAUCCGACCAAAGGAAAACAGGCCCUGGAGAUCCGAAGCAGCCUUUCAGAGAAGAGAGCUCUGACUGACCCCAUUCAGCCUACGGGUUGCUCUGAUGAAACCAUGGCACGCAAUCUGCAGUGGGCAAAGGCCCAUGAACUUCCUGAAAGUAUGUGUUUGAGCUUUGAUUGUGGAGUCCAGAUCAAAUUAGGCUUUGCUGCUGAAUUUUCUAACGUACUGGUGAUAUACACUAGCAUAGUGAAGAAGCCAGAGGAUAUGUCCUCCUGCCAGGCAUAUGUCACAAACUUCACACCGGAACUAGAUGUGGACCCUAAGGAGAUGAACAAAGGAACUCCGGAAGAAACAGGCAGCUAUCUACUGUCCAAAAGCCUCCCACAGCACUGUCUGUACACCAGGCUGAGCUCUCUACAGAAACUCAAGGAGCAGCUCAUGUUCACGGUGUGCCUGCAGGGCAAGUUCACCUCUGUGGAGGACCUAGUAGACUGGAGCAUAGAGGUGAACAUUGGGAAGCCCCUCAUUGCCAAACUGGAUCUGCACCGCACUGUCAGGAGGAACAGCUGCCUGCAGACCUGCCUCAUGCCACACAGUCCCUCACACAGCCCCUGCCACAGCCCUGGAGCAGAACAUUACUACCAGCACUGCUACCCCCAGCAGUACCAGAGCUCCUACCUGGGCGUCUAUGACCACAUCCAUGGCUUGGGAAGCCCCUGUGCUUCAAACAGCCUGGAAUUCGGUGCGCACUGCAACUUGACUCCUUACCACCAAGAUGAUAUGUCAUUCCCCGUCUCUCCCACUAGAGUCAACAUUCCCAUCGAAACCACUGAUGAUAUCAAUGAACUACAGACAAGUUUUAUAGACAGCCUUCAGAUGAAUGACAGAUACUGAUACUGUACAUACUUUAAAAAGUCAGUUUGAAAAAACAUAUUUCAUCACUUCUGUAUUUAAUAUCUACUGCAUGGGAUAGAUCUUUGAAUGCUUAUGGGCACACCAGUAGAUGGGACACAUUUUUAGGAGAAUGUUUAAAUAUUAAGAUUUUUAUUUUUAUCUUUUUAAAGUAAAGAGUUUCACAAGAUAUCCACAAGAGGUUUGUCCAGGACCUGGGAUAAGGGAUUAAGACUGGUGAAAGCAACUGGAACAGAUAAUAUAAUAAGGUUGUUUGAUAUUGCUUUUUGGGAAGAAUCUGAAUAAGUUACAAUCUCAUCAAGCAUCUGACUAGAGGGUAGUUAAUCAAUUAACACUGGACACAAUAGCCUGUUCUCACAAGUUAAAUAAUAUAUAAUAUACGCCCACUGAAAAGCUGUCAGUGCCCUUCAUUUCUCUCAGAAUCCUGUUAUCAAAUCUUGAUUAAGUGCAUUAAUUCUAAAGUAUUAACAGUGUUUUGAUGAGGGAUUUUCUGGAAGUUGGAAAGUCAUUCAGUACCCACAUUUUCCAUCAACAGAAGAGAUGAUAAACUGAAACUUAAAGGACUCAUACAGUUGAUUACAAGCAGAGCUGUAAGAGGUUUGUUAGUAUUUUAUGCUUAGUUUUGUUUUUCAUUUUUUUGUACUGACCUUAUGGUCAGACACAGACCAUUUAUUUGUACAGUAUAUCCAUAAAAUAACAUUUCUAAAAUUAUGGAUGAAGUUACAAAAUAAAUGCUGAUCAUCAAAUGACGAGGAGCCUUUUCAACCAAACGUGGUAAAUAAUUCAGAGGAUUGCCCAUUUGUAAAUCAUGGUUCAAUACAGUCAGAAAACUUGCAAACAU